GCGACGGAGGGAAAGUUACGCUGCUCAGACUCUGGAGGAUCAUAGUCCGGCAAAUGAGGAGAGAAUUUAAGCAUCAUGUCCUGCGAUUUAAACACUGUCACUUGAGAUUGGGAAGCGCGCUGUAAACUUGCAAUCAUGUUUUGGACUAUUUUGUUGCCAUAUUGUGUGACUUUUGUGUUGGGGAAUAAGACCGACGAGCGAAUACCCUUCUUUCACGGGCAUGUGUUUGAAAACUCUCCACCUGGCUCAAAAGUGAACGGACUGAGUAUCCCGGUGAAGCGCGUCGACCCACAGAGAUGGUGCUCCAAGUCCGGGAUGCACUUGAAACUCCUGGGCGACAGGAGUGAAGAUUUCCACGUCUUCGCCCACCACAAGCGAGGACACAUAUUACUGAAAACCUCCAGCGUUCUGGAUCGAGAGGAGCGCGCCGAAUAUUUCCUGAGCCUCGCGCUUUGCUGUCAGAGCUGCGCUUCAGCUGAGCGCAUCGUGGCCGAAGUUGCUUCAAUUAAAGUGGACGUGCUCGACACGAACGACCACGAGCCCACCUUUCAGCACGCAGACGUGAAAAUAACUUUAGACGACGCCACGGCCCUGAGGUCGGUGGUGUACACGGUGAAAGCGGAGGACAUUGACAGCGGCAAAAAUGCCGAGCUCAUUUAUUACGCGCUCCCGAGAAACGGAAGCUUCUAUGUAGUGCCCAAAACCGGCGACAUCCUCCUCGUGGACUCGAUUCUCGGUCUCGCGCAGCCAAUAAAGUUCAGCGUGUUUGCACGAGACCACGGCUGGCCCUCUCGGACCAGUCAGAAUAUGGAUAUAGAGAUAAGUCCUCGCCAAUGGCCAGCCCUUCCUCAGCUCGAAGACGGACUCUCGAGAAAGUCCCGCUCCGUGCCCGAGCCGGUGCUUAUCACCGUGUCCGAAGAUGCGAGUAUCGGCUCUGUCAUAAUGAAUCUGCACCCGGUGAGGUUUCAGUCCGCCAGCUUUGAGCUGGCUCACCCGGACGCGGAUAACUCUCCCGUCACCGUGAGUCGGGACAGCGGAGAUUUGGUUAUAUCGCGGCGGCUCGACCGAGAGACGCAGCCGCUAGUGGAGAUAACUGUAAAAGUACAAGAUAAGCGAGGUCCAGACUGGUAUACGGUGAGAGUGGAUUUGACGGUGAUGGAUGUGAAUGAUAAUGCCCCAGAAUGGACGAUGGUCCCUUUCCCCUACCUGAGUGUGGUCUCUGCUAUUUCUCCACCAAACACACUAGUCUACAAGCUGCAAGCUAGAGACGGCGAUGAAGGUAUCAAUGGAGAGGUGGAGUACUUCCUCUCUGAUGGAGGUGAUGGAAGAUUUGAAGUGGACCGGAAAAACGGGCACGUGCGGACGACAGGCCUCCCGCUUCAGAGAGACAGAGAGUAUCUUCUAACAGUAGUGGCUGCGGACCGGCAGGGCAGCCGCAGUCCUCCUGCUGUACUGUCCAUCAUCGCAGGCCCGAGAGCUCCUCAGUUCACCAACGUGUCUUACACCAUUCCCAUACCAGAAAACACGCCAGAAGGACAGCCCUUUCUAGUCACUCCUGCGGUGUCCUUCCAAAAGCAGCCAGUGACGUACAGCCUGCUCAUCAAUCCCAGUAGUCUUUUCAGCAUCCAGCCUGAGACGGGGGAGAUCAGUCUGACUCGCACUAUAGACUAUGAGAGCGAUCAGCACCGCUACCUGCUGCUGGUGAGGGCCAGUGAGAACCAGGACAGUCUGAGUAGUGCUGCUGAGGUGCGAGUGAUCAUCACAGACGAGAAUGACUGCGUUCCAGAGUUCCUGCAGUCCAUUUAUAGCAAAGACGGUGUCCCAGAGACAGUCACGACCGCAACGUCACUCCUGCAGGUAUCAGCCAGCGAUUGUGAUUCGGAGCAGAAUGCAGAGAUUACAUACUACACGCUUAGCCCAGAUUUCAUCAUUUCAGCCCAUGGCACCAUAUUCCCAGCAGGCCCUCUGGAUUACGAGAGGCAAAACCACCUGUAUGAAUUUGUAGUGAUGGCAGUGGAUAAGGGUGAGGUUCCUCGCACUGGCACAGCCACUGUGCGUCUCCGAAUGGCCAAUGUCAACGACGAGCCUCCAGAGUUCUCGCAGCCUGUGUAUCGCACGUUUGUCUCUGAAGACGCAGGGCCCAAUACUUUGGUGGCAACAGUGCUGGCAAAAGACCCUGAUGGAGACGGAAUCACGUACAAAAUAACAGCAGGAAAUGAUGAGGGAAAUUUUGUCAUCGACAGCCAGAAAGGAUUGAUCCGUCUGCGCUCCAGCCCUUCUCCCAGACUACAGGGAUUAAAGUACAUGCUGAACGUCACCGCAACAGAUGACAACGCCUCCGGUGGGCCGCAGUCACUUUCAGCCGUCGCCCAGGUCAUUGUCGGAGUUGACGAUGUGAACAACAACAAACCUGUGUUCGAAAAGUGUGCCGAGUAUAAGGAGAAGGCCUCAGUUCUGGAAAAUAAGCCCGCAGGAUCAUUUGUGCUUCAGGUGCAUGCUGAUGAUGCUGAUGAAGGAGCCAAUGGGAAAGUGACUUACGGUUUCAUGCAUAAAGACAGCACUGUUCCUGCCUUCAGCAUUGACCCAGAAACAGGUGUUAUUGGAACUGCUAUAAAGUUUGAUCGGGAGAGCCAGAGAGAGUAUGCGGUGACGGUGACGGCCACGGAUCAAGCUGCGGACCCUCUCAUAGGCAUCUGCCAACUCAACAUUUUGAUCCUUGAUGAGAAUGACAACAACCCCAAAUUUGAGAACCUACGUUACGAAUACUUCUUGCGGGAGGACACAAUGAUCGGUACCAGUUUUCUGCGAGUAGCCGCACAUGAUGAUGAUUACAGCACCAAUGCAGCCAUCUCUUACUCCAUGUCCGAGGAACAGCCGGAGUAUCUGCAAGUGAAUCCACUCACUGGAUGGGUCUAUGUUAACCAGCCCAUCUCGCAGAGGACCUACAUCAGCAGGCAGAUCAUUGCUACAGAUGGAGGGAAUCGCAGUAGUUCAGUGGAGCUGGCAGUCACCAUCACUAACGUGAAGAACCAGCCUCCGCAGUGGGAGAAGGACAAAUACGAAGUGGUCAUACCUGAAAACACUGUCAGAGACACUCCAGUUGUGACCAUCAAGGCCACUUCUCCGCUGGGUGACCCGAGGGUGACUUAUAACUUGGAGGAUGGAUUGGUGCCAGAAAGCAACAUGCCUGUCCGUUUCUACCUGACCCCGAAUCGUGAAGAUGGCUCUGCCUCUAUACUAGUUGCUGAACCCUUGGACUAUGAGACCACCCGCAACUUCAUGCUCAGGGUUCGGGCUCAGAAUGUGGCUCCUGUACCACUGGCCGCCUUCACUACUGUGCACAUAAACAUUACAGAUGUCAAUGACAACGUUCCGUUCUUCACCUCCUCCAUAUACGAGGCAUCUGUGACGGAAGGGGUGGAAAUAGGGACUUUGGUUCUCCAAGUGUCAGCCAAUGAUCUUGACCUGGGGCUGAAUGGAAAGAUCUCAUACUCUCUGCUGAAUGACCGAAGUGGAGACUUUCAGUACUUCCGCAUUGAUCCUGAGCUGGGCACCAUCUUCACAGAGGCUGUGUUUGAUCGGGAGACCAAGGGAUCUUACCUUUUGGAAGUGAAGUCUGUAGAUGGCUGGGAAUCAGCCAGACCAGGGAAGCAUGGACAGCCUAAUUCAGAUACGGCAUACGUGCGCAUUUUCAUCAGUGACGUGAACGAUAACAAGCCGGUGUUUGCCCAGCCUGUAUAUGAAGUGGAUGUGGAUGAGGAUGCUGACGUGGGCUCCACCGUCCUCACAGUCAGCGCUAAUGAUGAAGAUGAAGGUGCUAAUGCCAAGUUACGUUACCAGAUUACCUCAGGAAAUGUCGGAGGUGUUUUUGACAUGGAGCCUGAGGUGGGGACUAUCUUCAUUGCCCAGCCAUUGGAUUAUGAACAAAACAAGCUCUACAAGUUGCACGUCUUGGCCUCGGAUGGCAAGUGGGAAGAUUAUGCUACAGUGAUAGUUACAAUUGUGAAUAAAAAUGAUGAGGCACCUGUUUUCUCUGUGAAUGAGUAUUACGGCAGUGUGACAGAGGAGCUGGAUGGUUCUCCCGUCUUUGUGCUACAGGUAACAGCUUCUGACCCAGAUAAGGAUGCUGACCAGGAGGCUUUGAGAUAUUCCCUUCAUGGUCAAGGUGCUGAGAGUGAGUUCAUCAUUGAUGAGGUGACUGGGAAGAUUUAUGCCCAGAGAACAUUAGACCGCGAGGUCCGGGCAGUGUGGCGUUUUGUGGUCCUGGCUACAGAUGAGGGUGGCGAGGGGCUGACAGGAUUCACCGAUGUCAUCAUCAACGUAUGGGACAUUAACGACAAUGCUCCUAUUUUUGCAUGUGCCCCGGACAGUUGCCACGGAGAUGUGGCUGAAAAUUCCCCUCCUGGCACCUCCGUCAUGGAAAUGACGGCCACUGAUCUGGAUGAUGCAGCUGUCGGACAAAACGCUAUGCUGGCUUAUAGGAUUGUAGGUAAUGCUGCUUUUAAUGGAGCUAACAGUGGAGCGGAUAUGUUUAACAUCAAUCCUGCUACUGGGACAGUUUCUGUAUCGAUGUCUGGCCUUGACAGGGAACAGAUUGACUCGUACGUAUUGGUGGUGGAAGCACGGGAUGGUGGAGGUAUGAUUGGAUCAGCCACCGCCACUAUACACGUAACAGACGUUAAUGACCACAUACCACGUUUCCUGGACCGCUCCUGCUUCGUGCGUAUCCCCGAGAGCAGUGAGCCUAACACAGCCGUAAUUGAGCUUGCCGCAGAAGAUGCGGAUGCUGGAGAAAAUGGCCAGCUUACCUUCAGCGUGGUGGCUGGUGAUCCGGAACAGAAGUUCUACAUGGUGAGCCAUCGACAGGAGCAGCGUGGGACCCUGCGUCUCAAAAAGCGUCUGGAUUACGAAAAACCAGGCGAGCAACGCUUCAACCUUACUAUCAAAGUGGAGGACAUGCAGUACUCCACUCUUCUACACUGCGCACUAGAAAUCGAGGACUGCAAUGACCAUGUGCCAGUCUUCAUUCCCCACUUCCUCCAGCUUCCUGCUAUACGAGAGGAUGUGGCUCCAGGAACGAGUUUGGCAAGUGUGGCUGCCAGCGAUUUGGACUCUGGGUUGAAUCGCGAGAUUACUUAUACCAUUGCUGCCGAGUCUGAUCCCUACCAUCUGUUUUCGGUGGACCAGUCAGGGUUGGUCACUGUUGCUAGCGAGUUGGAUCGUGAAAAGGUUGCACAGCAUCACUUGGUUAUUCUAGCAGCAGACCACGGGACGCCACCAUUGACUGGCACAGCAACUAUCCAGAUGGCUCUGCUGGAUGUCAAUGACAAUGGCCCUGAGUUUGAGGCUGCAUAUGCACCGGUGGUGUGGGAGAACGUUUUAGGGCCACAGGUCGUGCGGCUUAACCAGACUUCCAUGCUAUUGAGAGCCGUGGACCGAGAUUCAGAGGAGAAUGGCUCGCCCUUCUCGUUUUUCGUGCCUCUGGAGUAUCGUUACAGCAAUGACUUCCACCUGCAGGAUAAUGGGAAUGACACGGCCACCAUCACCGCCCUGAGAGCUUUCGACAGAGAGAGACAGAAAGAGUUUCUUCUACCUGUCAUCAUGACCGACAGCGGCAGUCCACCCAAGACCGUCACAAACACCCUCACCAUCACCAUCGGUGACGAGAAUGACCACGCACACACAGCGGGACAGAAGAAAGUGUUCAUCAACUGCCACAGAGGGAGAAUGCCAACCAAUGUGCUGGGAAAGGUUUACUCUCCAGAUCCAGAUGACUGGGAUAACAAGACGUAUGCCUUCGAGGGACAUGUUCCUAAUUAUUUCAUCCUGAACAAGCGGACAGGGUUUCUCAUCAUAAAGGAAAACGCCCCUCCCGGCAGUUACGAAUUUCAAGUGCGAGUAUCAGACGGCGUUUGGCCAGAUGCCGUCUCUAGUGUGAAAGUGAAUGUGAGAGAGCUACGGGACGAUGCCAUCUACAAUUCAGCCUCCUUGAGAUUAGCAGAUAUCUCUGCCCCCGAGUUCAUGGAACGACGCGGAAAUCUGAAGAGCAGGUACGAGCUGCUGGGCGAUUUCCUGUCUGACAUGCUUUCUGUGGGAGUGGAUGACAUCAACAUUUUCAGUCUGAUGGAGGUGCGGGAUAGGACCCUGGAUGUGAGGUUCUCCGUUCACAGCACGCCGUUCAUCAGGGCGGAGAGGGUGCAUGGAUAUCUUGCAGCUCAUAAACAAAAACUCCAGUCUUUUCUUCAAGUCAACGUGACCCAAGUUCAUGUAGAUGAGUGUGUGGACGCCGACUGCCGUGGCGGAGGAGGGUGUACCAGCCAUCUGAGCGUGACUGACAAGCCAGCAGUGGUGGACUCGGGCAGCAUGGCUUUGGUGUCGGUGACUGUGGAGGCCACCGCUGUCUGCAGCUGCUCAGCACGCGAACAUCUGCACCAGAGCUGCUCCAUCUACCCCAGAAAUCCUUGCCACAAUGGAGGAGUCUGUGUGGACACUCAGAGCGGAUACAGAUGCCAGUGCCCGGCUCAGUUUGAGGGACCCGAGUGCCAGCAGACAAAACACAGUUUCCAUGGCAACGGCUAUGCUUGGUUUCCCCCUAUAAGGCCAUGCUUCGAGAGCCACCUCUCGCUGGAGUUCAUCACGGAGGUGGCAGAUGGUUUGCUGCUCUACAGCGGACCUCUCUCUCAACUCCAGCCAUGGGAACCGGAGGACUUCAUGGCCAUAGAGCUGAUCGACGGCACCCCCACCCUGAAAAUUAACCACGGCUCGGGCACAUUGGUCCUGCAGUUGCCGGGCAACGUGAACGUAGCGGACAGACGGUGGCACAGACUGGACGUGAGGAGCAACAGCAAAGAGGUUCGAUUUACACUUGACCGCUGUGCAGGAGCCACUAUCAUGGAGAUGGAGGGAGUGGGCAGCUGGCUGACUACUGAAGACCACACUUCCUGUGAAGUUACAGGCAUCACACCAAAUAUGGACAAGCAUCUGAAUGUGACGCAGGUGCUUCAGCUUGGAGGAGUGAAUGAGAAUCUGCCGUAUAUCUACCCACAACUCCAGCACAAACACUUCACUGGCUGUAUCCGAAACCUCAUCGUGGACAGCAAGUAUUAUGAUCUAGGUUCACCUGCUGACUCCUCUGGAAGUGCUCCAGGAUGUGUGAUGACGGACAGUAGCUGUGUUAACAUGGGAUUUCCAUCCUGUGGGACCCGAGGCCGCUGUCACGGCGAGUGGGGGUCCUUCAGCUGCCAGUGUAUACCUGGAUACAGCGGGCAUCAGUGUGAAAAGGAGGUCCCGGAAUAUUCUUUUGACGGAAGGAGUCAUAUUCAUUUUCAGCUGGCCUUCACACUGCCGGCCAGACACACGCAGGUCCAGGUCCUGGUCCGGACACGCAAACGCAGCAGCUCCAUCCUUAGCCUGCUGUCCAAAGAACAGAACGAAUACCUCAGACUGGAGAUCUAUCAGGGUCUGUUAAGUGUCUUCUACAACCUCGGUGAUGGGGACUUCAACUUGACAAUGCCCUCUUAUCGUUUAGACAACGGAGAGUGGCAUGACAUUCACUUAGAUCGGCAUGACAAUGAGUUGACCCUGCGUCUGGACGGGGGAGGAGGGCGUCGAGAGGUCACCGGGUCGCCUGGUCGCAGUCGGGAGAUUGUUAUCGACCCUGCUGUGGUGAUGCUGGGAAACUCUUUCCCCUCUGGACACAACAGGAGUUUCCAAGGCUGCAUGCGGGACCUGAGACUCAAUGGUCGCUUUAUUGCUCUUGACAGCCAGGCCAGAGAUGGGGUGUCUGUGGUCAGUUCUCAGGGGGUUUCUCUGGGUUGUUUCUCUGACUCCUGCCGGAAGAACCUGUGCAGUCCGCCCUUCACCUGUGUGGACUUGUGGAGAGUACAUGAAUGCAGGUGUCCCACAGGUCACAUGGUUAAGGUGAACUCUACUGGCAAAUUCUGUGUUUACACAAUGUGUGCCAGUCGUCCGUGUCACAAGGGCACGUGUGUGGCACAGUCUCCAUCCAAAUUCACUUGCCACUGUCCAGAGGGCUAUCGCGGCCGACACUGUGAGGUGACGCUGGCCAUCUACAGGGACGAUGUGGGACUCAGCUUCAGCUCACUCUUCGCCAUAUGCAUCUGCUUCAUGGCACUGCUAGUGUUGCUGUUGGGGAUUUUCCUGUACACGCGCUGGAGGAGCUAUAAGGGGCUGAAGGAGGGUGUAUAUCACGUGUCUGCACACCAUGACGGCUGGGAGGACAUCCGAGAGAACGUGCUCAACUACGACGAGGAGGGUGGCGGGGAGGAGGAUCAGAAUGCCUAUGACAUGGCAGAGCUCCAGAAGUCCCUGCAACCGAGUCCAGCACAGUCGGUGCAGUACAGCCGCUCGAGGGCCAUCCACCACCACCCACCCUCGCAGCAGCAACAGCAACACUUUUGCCAGCCUGACCCCCCCUCCAGAGCGGGAACAGCCACCACCACCACCUCCUCCAUCUCCUCGGGAUCUGCCACCAUCCGCAGGGAUGUCCCCCCCUGCCGCUCUCCGGCUCAAGGCCAGACUGCAAAUCCCAGUCGGGCGGCACAGCUGGCCCGAAAGAGCCUGUCAUUCUCCAGCCAGGACCUGGCCCGCUACCUGUGUGAAAUUAUCCGUGAUGCCGACCAGCACCCAGAGACGGCGCCCUUCGACUCCCUGCAGGUUUUCUCCACGGAGGGGGGCGGCUCGCUGGCCGGGUCACUGAGUUCCUUCAGCUCCGCUGGGCUGGAAGAAGGAAUGGCAGCAGGUCAUGAGUGUUUGAAAGAGUGGGGGCCUCGCUUUGAGAAGCUGAAAGCUCUCUAUGAGCGGGCCGAGGGCAGCGACCUCUAAGGAACUGCUGGGAAGUGUUCUUGUAGCUCGAGGAGAGGAUGGAGACCACUAAAGACAUGCCUAAAAACCAGAGGACUUUAUCUUAUGCUGAAAAGUCCUAUGCUUCGACUUUCUCUGGAUGUAUUACUUCGUACGAGACCCUCCCUCUGCAUUUAGAGCCGGGUGACAUUUGGGACUCUCAAUGAGCAGCAAAUGGAAAGUGGUAUUCCAGGACACAGCAAGCUGUGGUCAUGGCAAUUUCAAAGCCCAGCAUGGGCAUCUUUAUUAAAGUGAACUGCGGAUGACAAUGAUUUUAGUGGAUACAUUCAUUGUCUUUGUGACUGACGCUGGCAGAGCGUCUAAGACGUGCUUCACUCGGACCUUUCCUGAUAUCCCAUUCUAUGUGUUUGUAUGGUCUAUGUGUUAAAUAAAAGAAAGUCGGGAAAGAAAGUAAACCUCUUGGAUGCGACUAGGAGGGAGUUUGUCAUCCCCCUUCACUGGCCGCUUUCUGAAAUCAGCUUGGCGCUUGUUCUGUCAGGGUGGCCACUUGUGUUCAUCAAUCAUAACUUUACACAAGGAUAGCGGUUAUUUUUUUCGAUUUGCUCAGCCCUCCACUUAGAUUCUAUUCACUCGGAUGUGAGGUUGAAAGAGGCAGUGUGAGGGGAAAAAGACCAAUAAAAACUGAAGAUGUGUGAAAAACACUGAGGAAAAUGAAACAGAAAGCAGCCUUAUUGUUUGGCAUUUUAGGAGACAUUCCUUGGGAAUACAAAUUUUGUCCUCUCUUUCUAGCCAAAACGGAGCAAUGGAACGGCUGGAAUACAAAUGUGGCUGAGGGACAAGGCUGAGUGGCUGGCAUGAGAUGGAAGUAUUCUGUAGCUGAAAACUAUCGAACACUCUCUUGGCUCUCACGCUUUAUUGAGCGGUGGCAAUCAGAGUCUGCCAAACUAAAGGAUAGCCAUUAAGACAAAUGAACGAAUGUGCGUGUUGCUCAGUGUGAUCAACUAAAACAUGAAUUUGAGCUCUGCUGGAGAAGCGUACAGUAAUGUUUACUGUUUCAGUAUGUAACUAAAGUUUACUGUUUUGGUUCGCUUCCUUUUUAAAGUAUUGUAAUAUUAACCAAACCAGCUUACCCUACCGUAACACCAUUUCCUGUUCAACUAUAAAUAAUUCCCUGUAUCCCAUCACAUUAUUCGGCACUGCAGUGAGGAGAUGGGACAUGGCACCAGGUGCUUUCUCGGAGUGAGUCCAGUCCAGCGGUUUCAGGCCCUUAGCGCCUCCUAUGUAACGUUUAAUGGGCUUGUGAACGCAUGUGGUGAAGCUGCAUGGGAUGAAGGAAAGGCAAGGCUUGUGUGUGCAAAUGGAAUAACUAAAAGUCUCCCCCGUGAGGCCUCAAAUGCCAACCUUGUAUUUUAUGCAUUUUAAGGCAAUGUUUUUGCCCUCCUUUUAUCAUUUGAGUUUUAUUUAUUUAUUUAUUUAUUUUUCUGGAGAAUGCCGUAUGUGGAGCAUGACAGGCUGGCUGAGGAGACUAGAGCGAGUAGGAGUGUGUUAAAAGACAUCAGAGUGCUAAUCCUAAUGUGAACUGAUCGCUCACUGUCAUGCUGUGAACCAAAGGAUCAUGGGAGUUGGAAAAACUCGACGGAGAAGUCGUCACUCUUAUUACAGAUCUCAAAAAGUGCCAAUAUUUCCAAAGGCAGCAACAAGAGUAUAAAGAAGGUUUUCAAGAUGAAGCUGAGGAAUAUAGUUGGAAGUGCAAUGCUAGCUAUUUCAUGAGUUAAAAGAAGGCCAAGGGAUUGGCGCUUGGAGUUAUCCUUGUCAAGGGGAUUGGGAAUCCAGUGAGAGGUGUGAGUGUUCAUGAAUGAAGCGCGAUGGCUCUGUCUUUGAAUCGCAGAAUUCCCUAUCUUACUGAACCAAGGCCACCUGUUUAUUUGUGUGGUGAAUAUAUAGUACUCUAUUUUGUGAAACAAUGUUUUUACCUCAUUUGUGCAUAUCAAAAAGGAAGUAAUUGCUUUUUAAAUAUAUA